UCGGAGAUACUGAAGAUUCUGAAGUACAAUUCUUAAACAUAGCUCCACCAGCACCGGAGAAGAGGAGAGAAAGAAAGAGGCCUAGGUGGUUCGAUGAGUACACUGCAAUGAGGAAAAGGAAUAAGAAAUCGAAGACAGCAGUGAAUGUGGAUCCAUUGAGGGUUGUUGAUGGUAAAUUACUUAUGACCUUUCACAAGUGGUUGCUUGGCACCAUUGGGAAUAAAUAUCCGAGGGAAUGCUUCUCAGGGACACACGAUGCUGCUUGGUUCCUGAAACUGCAUACUCCGAGGACAUGGCUUUCUGACUCUCAUUUAGAUGCAGCAUUUCAUCUCAUGAGGAGGCGUCUAGAAUUUUAUCCUAACGUGUACCCUCAGAAAUGUGUUGUUAUGCCUACAAUUUUUCCCGAAUCAUUGAAGGGUCGGUGGGACGCUUUUCCAGGUUCUGACUACUCUAGAUUUAGUUGGGAUGACAGUAUAUUGGACCUGGUUAGGGGUGAUGCAGUCCAGUUCUUACCGAGUUGGCAGAACAAGGAGUUCAUUUAUUUUGCCCUCUUCUUGAAAGACCAAAUGCAUUGGGUAGCUGUAGAGGCAGACCUGAAUGGGUGGAUGCUCAACAUCUUUGACUCCAGUAUUGGAUCAAUUUCCGAAAACGAUUUGAUCAGCUUGAUGGUUGACUGGUGUACCAUUUUCCCGUCGGUCUUGCGACAGUCCGGUUUAUUUGAGAACCAUGACGUUAUACUCGCGCCUCAGUUGACAGCAUCAGAGAGUCAGGUCAGACCCUUCGAUUGGAAACUCAUUCCACGUGAAUUCGUACCGCAAACAAAAUCCAGGUGAACUUUAUUAAAUAUCACA